GGCUACUUUAACUGUCUAUAGGUCUGGGAUCAGAUGUAAAACCUGCUUGGAGAGCAUUUUAUAAAUCCCCGUACCCAAAAAAAAAAAAAAAAAAAGAGAGAAGCUUUGUUCCACUGUUUCCUGGACUGAAGCUCAUUCUAGUCUGUGUGUGGAUCAUUGCAGAGGCUGCUCCGUUUAUUUGGAGUGUUUUUAUCUACAGAUGGUCAUUCUGGGUCUCACAUCACAGAUACUAAACAUCACCAUGAAGAAGCUGACUGCAUCUGCAAUUUUCUGUGCUAUAAUAGCUCUGACCAUGGCUGCUAAGACCAGAGAUGGGGCAGAGGAAUCUUUAGCACCAGCCAAGAGUCACAUCGUCAAGAGGUCCACUGAUUGUCCUCGUGGUUGGACUUGGAUUAGUGGUCGCUGCUUUCGCUACGUUCCAGCAGUUAUGAACUGGGCUAAUGCUGAGCUAAACUGCUUGCACAUGGGGGCACACCUUGCAUCAGUGCACAGUUGGUGGGAGUACCAUCAGAUUCAGAGGCUGACUGCCCCUUACGGCUACAGAGAAGCUUGGCUUGGAGGAACUGAUGCACCCUAUGAGGGUAUUUGGUUGUGGACUGAUGGGAGCCGUUUCGACUACAGACGCUGGUGCAGUUGGGAGCCAAAUAAUAUGUUCUUUCAGCAUUGUCUUCAGAUGAAUUAUAGAGGUCCCAAGUGCUGGGAUGAUCUGUGGUGUAGCUAUCAUCGGCCAUCUGUCUGCGCUAUGGAAAUCUGAUGAGUCUUUGACUGAGACGUUAGCAUGAACUUCCUGCACUUAUGUGUGAUAGAGUUUGUGUUUUGUUGUCUCUUACAUUAUUUUAUUUUGAAGCAUAAUAUGUCCUUCUUUGUAGCACCCAAGUAAAACAACAAAAUGACCAGUCAACACAAGCUGGGCUAUCUUAAAGAUCUUAAAUUUCUCUUGUUUGCUCACAUCUCAUUCUUGCAACAUUAAAGUUU